CAAAUGAGCUCGAGCGCAGAUGGACGGAGCGGCCUAAAGCAGGGCAGGCUGGAGUUUCAUUAGCACAAGUGGGUCUCGCGCGCAACUCGAUCUCAAGCGUGGCGGCACGCGCUGCAUCCGUGGUUAGGUAUGGCGGCGGCAGCAAAUGAGAAAUCAGUGCAGCAGCAUUUGUAUUUCUUGAGCUGUGGUGAGGAGGACAGCAGUGACAGCAGUGUGGAAGAUUGGGCACCCAGAAGUGUGUCGCUAAGAAGUCCAUCCUCAACCUGUCGAACCCCAAGAGUUCCGCGCCACCGCACAAGGAGUAAUGCAGUCUCGCCUGCUGCACCCACCUCACCAAUACCUUAUGCUGCCUGGAGGAAGCUAAGGCUCUGUGACUCCCCCAGUACACCAAAGAGCCUGUUGUCCAAGUCAGUGUUGCCUUACUCGAGCAGCAAGGCAUGUCCCUGCCAGAGAGUCCAGUGCCGGCCUGCUCUGUCUGACCAAGCGCCUUCAGUCAAUGUUAACCCUUUCACGCCAAAUACGGUGCGUCGGAACAGCGAACACUACAAGAGGAAGAACUGUAGAAGUGAUGGUGACGAUGAUGAUGGGCACAGGUCAAAGGAAACUCAAACAUCAUCUGAAGAUGAAGGCUAUUUUCUUCCCUCAAAGAGACCAGCAGUGCCAGCUCUCAUGCUGUCACGUUAUGAGAGCGAGUUCCUGGAACUAGGCCGGAUUGGUGUGGGCGAGUUUGGUGCGGUGUAUCGCUGUGUGAAGAGGCUGGAUGGCUGCAUGUACGCCAUUAAACGUUUGAGCAGGCCACUGGCAGGCUCUGCCAAUGAGCAGCUGGCCUUAAAAGAGGUGUAUGCACAUGCUGUGCUGGGACAUCACCCACAUGUUGUGCGCUACUAUUCUGCUUGGGCAGAAGAUGACCAUAUGAUCAUUCAAAACGAGUAUUGUGAUGGUGGAAGCCUUCAUGAUGUCAUAACAGAGAAGGAAGAACAGAGGGAAUUCUUUCAGGAGCCAGAGCUAAGGGAUCUUCUGCUUCAGGUCUCAAUGGGACUGAAAUACAUCCAUGCGUCAGGCCUGGUGCAUCUGGACAUCAAACCCAGUAACAUCUUCAUUAGCCAUCAGCCCAGCUCCAGUACUGGUGGAGCAGGAGACAGUGAAGAGGAAGAUGAUGGCCAGACUUCAUCAGGGGUAGUUUAUAAAAUUGGGGAUCUUGGUCAUGUGACCUCCAUCUCAAGUCCUCAGGUGGAGGAAGGGGACAGCCGCUUCUUAGCAUGUGAAGUUUUACGAGAGGACUACACACUCCUACCCAAGGCAGAUAUCUUUGCCUUGAGCCUGACCGUGCUGUUAGCAGCUGGAGCUCGACCACUGCCUCAGAAUGGAGAUGAGUGGCACCACCUCAGGCAGGCUCACUUACCCAACCUGCCCUAUGAAUUAACACCAGCCUUAAGUAAUCUUCUACAGACAAUGCUGGACCCUGAUCCUGCUGUGAGGCCGUCUGCAUCUGCAUUGUGCAGGCACCCGGUGCUGCGUAGAGAAAGAGCUGGAAAACUGGCUGCACAGUUGCGCAGAGAACUCAAUGUAGAGAAAUUCAGGACAGCCAUGCUGGAAAGGGAACUCCAGGAGGCUCGGUUAGCUGUCUCGCCUCAGCAAGCUGCUCUCACCACAGGAUGCACAAGUUCACAUGCAGGCUCCCUUCCUAGACCCGGAAGACGGCUGGUGGGCCGAAACGCAGCUCGCUCCAUGAGCUUUGGUUUCCUGGGACACUAACCUUUUUUCUCCUUUCUUUUCUUCUCUUCAUAAUGGACAACUGUUGUUGUUGUUUUUUUUUUUCAUGCUAAUGUGAAUUUCUCCAUAUUGUUACUCAUUUCAGUGGAAGUUGGGUGUUUUUGACUCAAAUGGGUUUUAUCCUUGUAAAUAAAGAUUUUAAAUUCUUUUUUCAA